CGCUGCUGUCGGAGAAGGAGCCGUUGCGGGCUUCGCGUAUGAGUGAUCUGCUGCACAAUGUCGUUCCGCGAAGUGGAUCUGUUCGGCGGCGCGAUGAGAUGCGCCAUCCCGCAGAGCUUCGCCGACGUCAGGUGAGAACCGCCAGGAAAUGAAUGACACAAGGCAGUGACAGUGAUGGCAGCGGGCAGCAGGACUGAAGCGGAUGAAUGCAUUCAUCUCAUUUGUGUGUGUGUGACCUUGGUGAUUCAGUCAGAUCCGUGAUGUGCCCGACAACCAGGAGGUGUUUGCUGACUUCCACACCGACAGCAGCCUCAUGUUCGAAGUCGUGCAGUACCAACAAACCGUCACCGACCAAGACGCACCAAGGUCAGCCAAUCACACACGAGCUGACUCCACCUCUUGGCCACGACAGAAUGAGUGUUUGUCUGUUGCUUGUAUGUGUUCGUUGCAGGUAUUUCUUUCGUGAUUUGGCUGAGGUGAAUGAGGCCGACCCGUGGGAGGUGCUGCAGGUGAUCCGCCUGGAGCCAGCGAUCAUGCCUAACCUAGAGUGAGUGUGCCUCAACAGACGGAGGAGACAAACCACACUGCAGUAUGAUUGAUUCUUUCUGCGUGUGUGUGUUGUGAAUGUCAGUGGUUCGAUUUGUAAGUAUUUGGUGAUGGGCCAUCAGACGGUGAGCAAGUUCAGGGAGGGCAGGGAAGCCGCCAAUGUCGUCGCCAUCUACAUGGCCAUCAUCAGGCUACCCGGUACGCAGCAUACACGCAGGCCACGCCACCACUACACACCUUUCACACAUCCCCUCAGCAUAUCUCUGCCGCAUGUGUGUGUGGUGUGUCAGAGCAUCAUUCAGAGGUGUUGAUAAGCUUCAACGACCCCCGGUGCCUCAGCCCCGCCAGCAGCAGCGCCCCAGCCUCGCAUGUCGGCGUGCCCAACGGGACCUCGCUUCAUGACGCCUACAGCUACCUCAACCAGGAGGGGCCGCAGCAGUUCCAGAGUCUGCUCGAGACGUUUCAGAUCAGAGACUGGGGGCUGUUCGGAUGAUGGAUGCAUGGAUGCAUGGAUGACGUGAAGCUGUCGAUUAUCGAGUGUAGUAUACUGAUUGACGGCGUAGUGCAUUUAUUUGCUAUGUAUUGCUGCCAUAGUGUGACGGGCGUGAGGACAUCCGUG